AUGGGCAAACACAGCAAUGUAAGACCGAAAGUGAACGUCUCUCCAUAUGUCCAUUUUAUGAUGGACUUCAGAAAUCAAAUGAGGGAGCAACAGCCAAUCAUCUACUAUGACUUUACCGAAUUUUCUAGAAAGUGUUCUGAAAAGUGGCGGACCAUCUCGGAGCAGGAAAAAAAGAAGUAUGAAGCCCUGGCCAAGCGAGAUAAAGAUCGGUACCAACGUGAAAUGAGAAACUACACCGGCCCGAGAAGGGAGAGAAGAAGGAGGGAUGUGAAUGCACCGCGGAAGCCCCCAUCCUCGUUCCUGCUCUUCUCCAUGGACCAUUUUGACGAGAUAAAAGAACAACACCCGAACUGGACUGUGGGGCAGGUGGCCAAGGCUGCCAAAAGAAUGUGGUCCAGGUGUUCAGAAGCGGACAAAAGUCACUAUGUGGAGAAGGCUGCGGUUCUGAGGGCCAAGUACCUUGAAGAACGGGAGGCCUACUACCGCCAAUGCCAGCGCGGGAACUAAAACUUCAAGGGAUGGGGCAAACCCAAUCUGAAACAAUAAACCUCAUUCA